AUGUCCACCGAUGUCUACGUUCCUGCCGUCGCAGCCUGGUCGCACGAAGUCGCAGGGGAGACGCUGGGUGUUCCGCAAACGAGGGUUCGUACAGACGAGUCGCCGACUGUAGCAGCGGAGGUUGACAAUAAUACCUCAAACAACAGCGUUCUUGACACCGACACCGACGGCGCCAAAGACGGGUCACGCCUGAAGGAGACAGCGCAGGUUGCGGGAUCAAGCCGCAUCCCCUCUGGCGAUCAACCAAUCACUGGCGACGCGAAACCUGUUACGGAACGACACGUGUCAUUUUCAGAUCCAUCCACCCCACGACAGACGGGGACAGGUUCUCGAGUCGGUCUUUCCUCCUCCGCAACUUUCGCGCCACUCUCCCUCCCUCCGCCGUCCCCGCUCUCCCUCCCCUUCGCGUCCCCCCGACCACUUUCCGCUUCCUCGCCACUCUCGCUUCCCCCUUCCACUCUCCCCUCCAUCUCUCUUCCCUCCUCCUCUCUCCCCCCGCCCUCCCCACUCUCCCUCCCAUCCUCGUCGUCGCUCCCCCUCCCCUCGCCGUCCGAACUCUCUUUGGCCUCCGCUUCCCCCUAUCUGCACUACCGCGGGGUGCGCCAGCGCCCGUGGGGAAAGUGGGCGGCGGAGAUUCGCGACUCCGCGAAGAGCGCGCGCGUGUGGCUCGGGACGUACGCCACGGAGGACGAAGCUGCUUUCGCGUACGACGCGGCGGCGCUCGCGAUUCGAGGUUCGCGCGCGAGAGUGAAUUUCGAAGGGAGUCGCGAAUACGCGGCGCAAUUCGCGGAGGUUUUGGCGAAAAACGGCGGGAAAGUCGACCGACGGCUGCAGAUCGCGCUCGGGAUCGAGACGAUGAGGCUGAUUAGGGAAGGCGCGGCGAAACACGUGGCGAGCUUACAGAGCGCCACGUCGGAACUUUGCAGGCCGUUCAGGGGGUUGAGGUCGCGGCGGAGGAGAUUGAGUGUUGGGGGGGCAAGCGCGGGGGUUAGUUGCGGCGGCAGCGCGGAGGAGGAGACUGGCAGGGGCAUUGGCGGAAGCAUGGGGGGAGGCGGAACUGUGUCGGCGGAAGAGGCGGAGUUACGGGGGAAAGUCUCAGCGGAUGUUCCUAUGACGAGCGGCUCGUAUUCCAAAGCGGAGGCGGGAGGAGAGAUAGUGACUGGGGGGGAGGGAGAGAAGGCGCCUCGAGUUGGGGAGCAGGAUACGGAGGGAGGGGGAGGGCACCGGGGGAGCGUUUUCGGGGAUGGGGGAGGGAGGAGGCAGCUACACGGGCGGUUGGGGUUCGGAUUCGGCUACAGUAACAGCAACUACAGCAACCGCGACAACAGUAACAGCGAAUAG